AACACCACAGACAGGCACUGCUGCGCCAUCACCAGCCCCCCCAAACCUCUCCAGGGACUGCGAUUUCCACACUACUUUUCUUUUUGAAAAACAUAACUUUUUUUAUGCUUGGAUAAGAUUGCUUGCCCACUUUUUAGCGAGUGGUGGAAGGGCGUUUUAUUAUCACCGCUUUAACUUUUUUUCCCCCACCGUAGCACUUGGUAGAAUAAAAUGACCCAUGCAAGGUGUAGAAAUCCCCCGCAGGUACGGACGGAGUUGAGGAGCCUGUGAUCUCUGGAGCAGGAUUUGGAUAGUGGGAAAACUUGGCUAUAGGUGCGCCAAACUCGAAGGAUAUUUUUUUAUGAGCGAAGGGGAUUUUUGGAGAGGUUGACUUGUGAAUCAUUUCCACGCUUGGCACCGAUUUACGGAGACGUUUCGGGAUUUCGGGGAGCUGAGCUGAGCAAAAAAAAAUCUGGAUAAUUCCCCCCAACAAGGAAACACCUAAUGUUGCACUCAGUGACUCUGUUGCUGCUGCUCUCCAGUGAUCUAUCCUUACACUGGGAUUCAAUCUCCUACUUACCCCCGGAGUUGUGUGCGUAAAGGACGCGCCAGGGAGCGAAAGCAAGAGAGAGGGGGGCGAUUUCGCCAACCUUUCUAAAUCUGUGGAAGCAGGUGUAUUUCAGGUGUAUUUCUGCGAGUCAAGAUGUCUGUGCUGCCUUCGAGGUUCAUAUACCUGUGUUUACAUUUUCUGGUACUCUAUUUCCAGCUACAGGAAUCACAGCAGACCUCUGCUGAUUUCAGGAUAUAUAUUGAGAACCACACGAGGAACCCGGAUGACCUGAGCCGGAAGCAGGUCCGGAUCUAUCAGCUGUACAGCAGGACCACGGGGAAACACGUCCAGAUCCUCGGGAAGAAAGUCAACGCCAACGGAGAUGAUGGGGGCAAGUAUGCUCUUCUUGUUGUCGAGACGGAAACCUUCGGGAGCCACAUCCGAAUAAAAGGAAAAGAGAGCGAACACUACAUCUGCAUGAACGAGAAGGGCAAAAUAGUCGGAAGGCCCGAUGGACGGAAGCAGGAGUGCGUGUUUGUCGAGGAAUUCCUGGAGAACAACUACACGGCUCUGGUGUCGGCCAAGUACAAAGGAUGGUACCUCGGCUUCAACAGGAAGGGUCGGCCCAAGAAAGGCUCGCGGACCACACAGCGGCAACAGGAAGUCCACUUCAUGAAACGGCAGCCGAAGGGCAGGCUGGACCCGCUGGAGGAGUUUCGAUUCACCCCAGUAACUAAGCGGACACGAAGGGCUCGGCGGUUAAAAGCCAAGAGGAACUGAUGGGACCAAUCAAUGGGACAGCACUAAUUUUCCUCAAGGGGGAGGAAAUAAAAAAAACACAAACUUAACUGAAAAAAUCUCAAGCUUCUUGUCUUCACCUUAAAGACUUCCCUUCUGUUAAAGAAAGACGGACAAAAAGAACAAAAAAAAAAAAAGAUGUUUUAUUUUUGUAUUUCAGGAUGACUGAAUAUUUCCUAACUCUUGGAUUCUUCUGGGUUGAUGUCAUUGUGCUAACGUGUCUGUCAUGUUAUUUAUACUGGAUACACUAAAGGACCUCUGAGAGAACUCCUGUCGCCGUGUUCCUCGGCUGCGUCUGAACUAAAGGCAGUGCACUCUCUCUCCUCUUUUUUUUUUCUGUGACAAUGGGGGCCGAAAGGCAGGAGCUGACGCAAUGUUAUAAAAAUCAGUCAACUAGAGAUUUAUUGGAAUACCUGUCCCCUUUUUUGUUUGUGUUGCCCCUGACAACGCGGAUCCCAUACUUUCCACUGGAAUCGGACACCAUGGAGAUGAAACGGUGGCAGUCGCAGGUGACGCUGCGCUGCCGGGAUAACUGUGUAGCUCUGAGUGCAAUAUUUUUACAGGUCUCUCGCUCUUUCUCUGCCUCUCUUAUGUCUUUUUUUUUUUCCAUACGUCUCUCAACCUCAGCUCCACUGGCGGCUCCAGGAAUGCUGUGUGUGAUUCCCUUGACGUUUCCAUGCAGCCUGUGAUUCAGCUAAAACAGGACAUGCUUUGACGUGUCGGGCACCAGCCGUGGCUUUAGUCUUGUUUAAACAGCUAAAAAGAAAACAAUACAAACAAAAAUAUUACAGCUGAUGUGAUUCAUAAUUCCACUCAGUCUUCCAACUUCAUCACUAUGUAUGCUAAUCCCUCUUGUCCUCCACUUUUACAACAGCUCUUCCUCACGGAAAAGGAUCAGUCUUUUGAGUGUGAGCUAGCUAAUAUUUUUUGGGGGGCUGGUGAUGAAGACUUCCUCUACCUCCUAGUUCUUCUUUGUUUAUCUUCACCUAGUCUGACUGUCUGUGCGCAGUUAAUCUCCAGAACCUUUCAGACGCUCUUCUGUUUUUUCUCUUCCAAAAUCAUCUUUCAACCGUGAGCUCAUCCUCGCUCCUUUUCACUCUCGACACACUUUUAGGAAAAGCUUAUCCCUUUGCUUGUUUUGUGAUCCACAGACAGGAAUACUGUAGCCCCGAUCACUUCCUUGAAUCCACAUUUGACAAUUAAGACUUCUCCUUUAGAAACCCAGAUGUCCGAGUUUAUGGGAAUAUCUUUCUGAUAAAAAAAGGGGGAAAAGUCUGUGCUUCAAUCAUUCCUUCUCUCACUGACUACAAACUCCAGCCUCUUCUCACCAGUAGUGUGUAUCACCUGUUUCCGGGCAGGUUUUUGUAUGAGUUGCUACUAACAACAUGACACAUUUAUGAUCUUUUUUUUUUUUAAACAAAUGUAAGCGAAAAAUAAUUUUAUGACUAUUAUUAAGAUAUUUAUUGCCUCCCUUUGUAAAUAAAAUGUGAUGAGUUUUAUUUGGCCUCUGUUAAUAAAAUGAGGACUAUAUUUUAAAACAAUUUUAUGUCUUUUUUAUUGCAUUGCCUGGUUCAGGAUAGGAUUUACCGAUGUGAACGUUGAUUAUCAUACUUCCUUAAAGAGAAAGGCUGCAGGUAGCCAUUGGUUGGACAUAGAGUACAUUCCCUUCUCCGCAUACUGCCAAGGUAUGCAUUUUUAUAUACAAACCCAAAGUGUGAGGACUGCUUUUAAGGUCAGUCGUUUUUAGAUUGAGAAAGGUCUAUUGCGACAUCAGUGAAGGCUUUUUAUAACUCCAUAAAGGGCAGCAAGAGUUCACGGUUUGUGCUUUCUUAAAACCUCAAUAUCAUAACAUAAUUAUAAAAGAUA